GGGCUCCGCUCCGCCACUUGCGCGCACGGAUCUCGCGGAGUGAAUGAAAUGCUUCCUUCUGCACAUUUAAAGUGGACUAAAACAUCUACACGAUGAACACCUGCGCCUUUCUGUUGAUUUUGUCAGUGCAGAUCUACGCCGAUGGCAUCGAGGGGCCAACAGCUGCUGGCUGCACGUUCGAAGAGGAUUCAGACCCUAAUCUGUGCGACUUCACCCAGGGGGAGGAGGAUGACUUCGACUGGCUGUUGUUCCGGACGUACAGUCCUUCUGCCAGCUCUGACCUUCUGAAGGGCUCCUACAUGUUGGUGAACUCUUCCCAGCAUGCCGUGGGUCACCGCGCUCAGAUGCUCCUGCAGACGCUGAGUGAAAACGACACCCACUGCGUCCAGUUCAGCUACUUCCUGUACAGCCGGGACGGCCACAGCCCCGGGGCCCUGCGGGCGUACGUGCGGGUCAACGGCGGUCCGCUCGGCAGUCCGGUUUGGAACACGUCCGGGUCUCACGGCAAACAGUGGCACCAGGUUGACCUGGCUGUCAGCACCUUCUGGCCUAAUGAAUACCAGGUGCUGAUUGAGGCGACGGUUUCCAGGGAGCGGCGAGGAUACAUUGCCAUAGAUGACAUCAUGGUGCUCAACUAUCCCUGCUAUAAGGCGCCGCACUUCUCCAGGCUAGGAGACGAGGAGGUCAAUGCUGGGCAAAAUGCCACUUUCCAGUGUGUUGCUGCUGGAAGGGCAUCAGAGGCUGAGAAGUUCCUGCUGGAGAGACACAAUGGGGACAUUUUAACAAUGGCGUCGGUCAAGCACCUGAGUCACCGGCGCUUCGUGGUGUCAUUCCAGCUCGAUAGCGUGCAGCGAGCUGAUCAAGACCUCUACCGCUGCGUCACACAGUCCCCCAGAGGCUCCGGGGUCUCCAACUUCGCUGAACUCGUCGUCAAAGUACCGCCGUCCCCCAUUGCGCCGCCCCAGCUGCUGCGUGCCGGCUCCACUUACCUGAUCAUCCAGCUCAACACCAACUCUAUCCUGGGAGAUGGCCCCAUUAUCAGGAAGGAGAUUGAGUACCGCGCCAGCCAGUCUCCGUGGUCAGAGGUGCACGGAGUCAACAUGGUCACCUACAAGCUGUGGCACCUGGAUCCGGACACGGAGUACCACAUCAGCGUGUUGCUGACUCGGCCCGGAGAGGGAGGAACCGGCCCUCCCGGUCCUCCUCUGGUGAGCAGGACCAAGUGUGCAGAGCCCAUGCGCGCAUUGCGAGGCCUCCUAGCCACAGACAUCCAGUCCCGGCAGUUGUCCCUGCAGUGGGAGAGUUUGGCGUUCAACCUGACACGCUGCCACACCUACUCAGUGUCCCUGUGCUACCGCUACACCAUGGCGGGAGGAGGCGGAGGCCACAACACCACGGUGCGCGAGUGCCUGGCGGUGGAGCACAACGCCUCACGCUUCACGCUGCGUGAUCUGCCACCCUACCACGGCAUCCAUGUCCGUCUGUCACUGGCAAACCCAGAGGGGAAGAAAGAGGGCAGAGAGGUCACCUUUCAGACUGAGGAGGACAUACCCGGAGGCAUCGCGCCGGAGUCGCUCACCUUCACCCCGCUGGAUGACAUGAUCUUCCUGAAGUGGGAGGAGCCUAUCGAGCCCAAUGGCCUUAUUACCCAAUAUGAGAUCAGUUACCAGGGCAUCGAGUCGUCUGAUCCGGGCAUCAACGUUCCAGGACCCAGAAGAACAGUAUCCAAACUUAAGAACGAGACGUACCACAUGUUCUCCAACCUGCACCCCGGAACCACUUACCUGAUCUCUGUGCGAGCGCGAACGGCGAAGGGCUUCGGCCAGACCGCCCUCACCGAAAUCACCACUAACAUCUCAGCUCCUACGUUUGAUUACGGAGACAUGCCGUCCCCCCUGAGCGAGACGGAGAGCACAAUUACCGUCCUGCUGCGACCCGCCCAAGGCAGAGGAGCACCUGUCAGCACCUACCAGGUGGUGGUCGAGGAGGAAACCGGGAAGAAAGUGAAGCGGGAGUUGGGGCUUCAGGAGUGCUUCCCUUUGCCCAUGUCUCACGGCGAGGCCCAGGCCCGAGGCACGCCGCACUACUACACCGCCGAGCUGCCGCCCAGCAGCCUGCCAGAGGCCAGUCCCUUCACCGUGGGCGACAAUCACACUUACAACGGCUACUGGAACAGCCCUCUGGACCCCCGAAAGAGCUACCUCGUCUACUUCCAGGCUAUGAGCAACUUCCGAGGGGAAUCCAGAAUAAACUGCAUCCGCAUCGCUCGCAAAGCGGCCUGCAAAGAUCACCGCAAAGCUCUGGAGGUGUCUCAACACUCCGAGGAGAUGGGGCUGAUUCUCGGCGUGUGCGCUGGAGGUCUGGUAGUCCUCAUCCUCCUGCUGGGUGCCGUCAUCAUCAUCAUUAAGAAAGGAAGGGACUACUACUCUUAUUAUCCGAAACCGGUGAACAUGAAUAAGACGCCCAUUACGUACCGGCAGGAGAAGAGCCACAUGGGCUCCAUGGAGCGCAGUUUCACAGAUCAGAGCACCCUACAGGAGGAUGAAAGGAUGGCUCUUUCCUUCAUGGAUGCGCAUACUUGCGGCACGCGAAGUGACGCUCGCAGUUCGGUGAAUGAGGCCAGCAGCCUGCUGGGAGGCUCCCCGAGGCACCAGUGUGGACGCAAAGGCUCGCCCUACCACACCGGACAGCUGCACCCGGCCGUGCGGGUGGCUGACCUCCUCCAGCACAUCAACCAGAUGAAGACCGCCGAGGGCUACGGCUUCAAACAGGAAUACGAGAGCUUCUUUGAUGGCUGGGACUGCACAAAGAAGAAGGACAAAACCAAAGGAAGGCAUGACACCUUGCUGGGAUAUGACCGCCACAGAGUGAAGCUCCACCCUCUCCUGGGAGACCCCAACUCAGACUACAUUAACGCAAACUACAUUGACGGCUACCAUCGAUCCAACCACUUCAUCGCCACUCAGGGACCCAAGCAGGAGACUCUGUAUGAUUUCUGGAGGAUGGUGUGGCAGGAAAAUUGUUUCAGCAUCGUCAUGAUCACUAAGCUGGUCGAGGUUGGCAGGGUGAAGUGCUGUAAAUACUGGCCCGAUGACAGCGAGAUGUACGGCGACAUCAAGAUCACUCUGCUCAAGACGGAAACUCUCGCUGAAUACACAGUUCGAACCUUCGCCUUGGAGAGGAGAGGAUAUUCGACCAAGCACGAGGUGCGUCAGUUCCACUUCACAUCCUGGCCUGAACACGGGGUGCCCUACCACGCCACCGGACUGCUAGCUUUUAUACGAAGAGUGAAAGCCUCCACACCUCCUGAUGCCGGCCCUGUGGUGGUCCACUGCAGCGCUGGAGCGGGCCGCACCGGCUGCUACAUCGUGCUGGAUGUUAUGCUGGACAUGGCCGAGUGCGAAGGCGUGGUGGACAUCUACAACUGCGUGAAGACGCUCUGCUCUCGACGCAUCAACAUGAUCCAGACGGAGGAGCAGUAUAUCUUCAUCCACGAUGCCAUUCUGGAGGCCUGCCUUUGUGGAGAGACGGCCAUCUUGGUGAACGAGUUUGCGGUCACGUACAAAGAGAUGCUGCGAGUGGAUUCCCAGAGUAACUCCUCUCAACUGCGGGAGGAGUUUCAGACGCUCAACUCCGUGACUCCCCAUCUGGACGUGGAAGAGUGCAGCAUUGCUCUGUUGCCCAGGAACCGGGAGAAGAACCGCAGCAUGGACGUUCUGCCGCCCGACCGCGCCCUGGCCUUCCUGGUUACAACCGAAGGGGAGAGCAACAAUUACAUCAACGCCGCUCUCGCUGACAGCUUCCACCGGCAGGCUGCGUUCAUUGUGACCCCUCACCCUCUGCCGGGCACCACGGCGGACUUUUGGAGGCUGGUCUUCGACUACGGCUGCACGGCAGUGGUCAUGCUCAACCAGCUCAACCAGUCAAACUCUGCCUGGCCAUGUGUUCAAUACUGGCCGGAGCCUGGUUUACAGCAGUACGGACCCAUGGAAGUGGAGUUUUUGUCCAUGUCAGCAGAUGAGGAUGUCAUUACUCGCCUGUUUCGGGUCAAGAAUGUCACAAGGCUCCAAGAGGGCCAGCUGGUGGUGUGUCAGUUCCAGUUCCUGCGCUGGUCGGCAUAUCGCGACGUUCCCGACUCCAAGAAGGCUUUCCUCAACCUGCUGGCUCAAGUGCACAAGUGGCAAAGGGAGUGUGGAGAAGGACGCACUGUUGUGCACUGCCUCAACGGUGGUGGUCGAAGUGGGACCUUCUGUGCCUGCAACAUCCUCCUCGAGAUGAUCCAGUACCAGAACAUGGUGGACAUCUUCUACGCUGUCAAAACUCUACGCAACUGCAAACCCAACAUGGUGGAGUCUCUGGACCAGUAUCGAUUUUGCUAUGACCUUGUCCUGGAGUACUUGGACUGCUUUGAGGGCAGAUAGCAACUAAAAGUUUACCACAACAGCAGGAUCCCGAGCGCUGGAGAUUCGAUUUAAGGCCACCCAGCGACCCUCCUCUCCUUUGAUGUUUGGACCUGUGGACUUGGCUUUGAAAAGACUGCAAAGGAAGGAGAGAGGAAAGGAAAGGAAGGAGAAAAAAAAAAAAAAAAAAAAGAAAAAAACCAUGGUCAAGGUUCUAACUUUUCACCUUUAAUGUACAGCUGUGAUUUCCUCCUUGUUGGUGAUGUUUAUCUCUUUUGAUAUUUUUUUGUGUUUUUCUUGUUCCUCUUUGCCUCUUGGACUAAAAUCUCUUUUUGUGCUGAGGGUAGCAGCAAAAAAAAAAGAAAAAAGAAAUAUUGCGAGCUACGAAACGGACCCGUCUGUUCUGAGGGAAGGGUCACCUUGGCUUCAUCGUUUCAUUCAAACAGUGCGGAGACUGGAUGUAAAAUUCCAGCGUUAUCCAAACGUGGAAGCGUUUUCUUCCCUCUUAAGAGCUACAUACAACAGCAGUCCACUGUGGUUGUGGCACGACGUAUCUACCAUACCAUAAACUGCCUUAUUCUCCGAUGAUAGGACAAAUUUUAUUCAAACCGCUGAAUAAAUCCAAAAGGUCGUCAUACUGGUGUACAAACAUUUUUAAGAGACCUACAGCAUUAGGAUAGACCAGCCCAGUAUCCAACAGUAUCGAUGCAGAAACUGUACAGUAGUGCAAUGUGUUGUAUUUUUGCCAUAAUGUUUGUGCUGGAUUACCAUGUGUGCUAUAGGUGGGCGUUUCCAGGGAUCACAGCAGUGGGCCUGGUGCCACCACGGGUGAUUCCUGUCUCAUUACUGUCACAGUGCCAAUCCCACUGACUGACUUGAAUCCUUUACUUUGUUCUACUGCUUCAUCUUGAUAUAUGCCUACAAACAUAAAGUAUGUACUGCAUCAGCUAAUGUUCUUUGCUCCAAAGUGAUUGUUUGUAUUUUAUACCCAGUGGGAGAGAAAAAAGGAGCGAAGGCAGGGGGGGAAGAAGCUGUUAGAACCGUACUGAGAUGCCAUAGUGUUGGUGUGAAAAACGAUGUUCCAUUAAUGCUGUGGUGAAGUGUCUAAACCAGUGCUGCGUUCCAGGUCUGAGCCUGUAGCUCUUUUACUCCUUCGUUGUCUGAGGCAUUUUGGUUGUACUGUAAAACUGUUGAAUCAAGUCGGUUUUGAGUUUUAUUGCAACCCUUUCUGCUAGGGGGGGCUUAUUUUGACGAUUUUGACAUGGAGUUAGUUGUUGUUCCUAGUGGUGUAAAAUAAACAAAUAUAUAUAAAAGAAAAAGGGGCAUUAAGGUUGUGCAGAGGGGAAAAUUGCUAUAGUUCACUGCUGGACAUGUUGAUGUUUUCACAUUUCACUUUUUUUUUUUUUUUUAAACUAAAAUGGUAAAUUAAAAGGAAGGAAUAGUAAGAAACAGUCGGUCACAGAGCCUGCUGUUUAAAGUCAACACACUUUGACGGACAAACAAAAUCCCCUGUUUUUCAGCUACUGGCCAAUGCCUGGAGAUCACUGGAACUCUUUAUGCCUGAAUCAAUGGAAGAAACUAUGUCAGGCUGGAAUGUGUGAUACACAUAAUGAUCUGAGUCACCUUUGAAACACCCCCAUCACACAGAGAGGAAGCAAUUUUCUUUGUAUUUUUUUUUUUUUUUUUUUUUAGCAUUUUGUUCCAGAACCACAAAAAAAUAUCUCUUCUCCACUCCAUCAUUACCCUUAAAAAUAUGUUAUGCACCACCAUAUCUCCUGAAACUCCUUUAAAUGCAGUUUUUCAAGGAGGGUUUUAAAGGUAUCACUCCAGGACCUGCCCUAAUAAAUAAGGAGAGACACCUUGAAGCCCACAGAAGCUGAGAAAUGGCAGCUAGAUGAACUCUGCUGCUGCUUUGCAGCUCACAGCCUGAUUCAGGUGGGAGUGCCAGAAUACGAGGUAUCUAACAGUAUACCAACAUUACCAGGCUCUCGCAGAUUCAGCUUGUGUUUGAUGAGGAUGUAGAAUGAGGUAGCUACAGAGUCGUCAGUGAUCUGACAAAGGUUAGCUGAAGGAAGUGCCUGGAAACACAAGGGUGGAAGAAAUGUGUACAUACAGAUGUAUAUUAUGUUAUGUGAAUACUAUGUGAAUAAUAUACUAUAUGUUUGCCCAGAGUAAAGUCGUACAGUAAGUAACCACUACAUAACCGCAAAGCUGAAUGUGCUGUAAAUGACCAUUAUGUGAGUUUUUUGAAAGAACUUUUAACAACCGAGUAUGAACUGAGUCUCCUGGUAUGGAAGCCCAUUUCUGCCAAAGUGAUGAAAACAAAAACAAACAAACAAACAAAAACAACUAACCAGAUACUAUGACUCAUUAAAACUUCUCAAAAUACAGACUUAGCAUCUAAAAAUAAUGAGAAACUUUCUCAAAAUAAUGACUUGGAAUCUCAAAAUAAUAAGUAGUAUCUGCGGAUAAUCCACCCAUCCAUCCAUUAUCUAUACCGAUAGGCAGGUCGCCAGUCUAUCACAGGGCUAAACAAAAGGACAGACAACAAAUCACACUCACAUUCAUAACUACAGACAAUUUAGAAUCACCAGUUAACCUGAGCAUGUUGUGGGAGGAAGCCGGAGAACCCGGUGAGAACUCACACAGGGAGAGUCCCUUGUAUCCGAGAUUAUCUACAUUUUAUAGAUGCUGUGACUUCAAACUAGAAAAUAUCCUCAAAAAGUGCAGUUAGAUAUUAGGAAGACCGACAACAAAGCUUUCUGUACAAUACCGAAGAUGAAAGCGGUGCUGAGUUUGUCACUUUACAUCCAAGUACUUGCAAUUUAAGGACUGAACACCAUAAAUGUGAUUAUUUUUGAUGUUUGAUGCUUGUUAAUUUACAUGUGAAGUAAUCUUAAAUAUGGUAUCUACUCAUUAUUAAAGCUGUUAAUUGAUUUUUUUAGCUACUAGCACAUUAUUUUGAGAAUAUUUCCAGUUAUUUCAAGACACUAAGUGAUUAUUUCAGAAGAGUUUCUCCCUUUGAUGACUUACAGAAUUUACAUCACGCUGUCAGAAAUGGUCUUCCGUACGCGAGUGUUCUUCAAAGCAGUCCGAGUAAAACAGGUCAUCAAAGCAUGUAUGAAUCCAUUGUACGCUUUGCAUUCCAUCUAAUUGAUUUCAAAGUAUCCUGAUCCAUCAUUUCAUCCAGUGUAUUUUUCAAGCAGACUGUGUGGGAGCAUUGUACUUUUACCAUUCCAAAGCUUUUUAUGAUUACGACUGCUUUCUGAGUGACAGCAACUGCCAACACAGGAACCAUUGAUUUUUCUUUCUGUAUGAACCAACGGUACAUGACUACUGUGUUUUUGACCAUUGUAUUUGUGGGGGACAGAGGUGUGUAUUUAAUGAGAGGCGGAGAAAACAGAUGUAUAUCAAGGUCAGGAAGGGGUUUCUUCUGAAGGAUAACAACUAUUAACAAUAAAAGAACAAGGGGAAAUAAAAUAUAUUUCUUGUUGUCAACCUA